AUGCCAUGGUUCUUCAAAGUGUCUGCGGGGUGGGCACCGUAUUCCAACCAGCAGUCUGAGCAGUUGGAGAUUGGUUUCCAGCGCUUUCAAGCAGGACACAAGGAACAUGUGGUACUGGACCAGUGGCGGAUUGACCUGGAGAAAAUGGUUCAAUACCGUGCUGAUGACCCCUCCCGCUCCCGACCUGUCAAGCGCGAAGGACCACCAGUGACUGGUGCCACCGCUGCAUCGAGCUCUCAGGAGAGGCCUGCCAAGCGACCAAAAAUCCUUCUGCAACUCGUGGAAGCUGGUGACGAGGAACUGUUUUCAGACUUGAGCCCUGCAGAGCUCAAACAAGUCUCGGAGAGGCUAGUGAAGUUGCAGGCAGGCUGUGCCUACCGCAUCAAUGCUGCACAGGCCCAGCAGGAUGGACAGGCAACGGGCGCAAAGGAUGUCACAUGGAUCCGCUGUGACUUCAGCACGAAGCACGGAAAAGCCUUGCACUCGCCGGUGCAUUUCACCUUGGCCAGGCUGGUUGCGCGAGUCGGCAGCAAGCCAGUCCUGUUUCAGAUUCGCGCCUCCGAAAUCGUCAAUGCCGAAGCUUGCUUGAUGCUUCGGGAAGCAGUGUACAAUGCUUACAAGCUGAGUUACUUUGACGGUGCGGAGGGUGAACUUAUUUGGCCCCCACCUCCAUGGCAGUGGUCUGAUGACGGUGAGCAUGACCCUGAAAUGAAGUUGAUGCCACUCUCCCACAUGGAGAGGUUCAGAUCAGCUUGUGAAGUCAAGGAUGAAAGGCCGGCAAAUGAGUGGCUUCAAGCUGUCGUGCAAGCUCUGGUGGCAGUGCUUUGGCAGCAGAUG